AUGGUGCUUGGAUACGAGACGGAUGCGCAGAGAGAUCUAUCCAGUGUUCGAGAAGCUCGCGUGGAGUCUAAGGCAUUUGAGAAGCAAUGGAGAGAUAAAGAAGUCAAGGGUUUCGCCGAGCGUGAGAAUGCGGCCAAGGAGAUCUCCGAUCUCAAGUCCAGUGUCGGUACCCUCGAAAAGAGUUACAAGGAGGCGCGAGACGAGGUUGUACAACUUAACCACAGCAUCACAAAGCGUGACUCGCUGAUAGCACAGCAGCAAAGAGUCAUUGACGCCGCCACUGAUGCUUAUGACUCGUAA